UAAACCACCUGCCGGUGGCGCUGUUUUUGGAUAUGACUGACCCCGCGCUUCUUCUUCUACUUCUGCGGGUUUGAGUUUUCUUUCUCUUCCGGUUGUCGUCUGUUCGUGUGGCAGAUAAACCAGUGUCGAAAUGGCAAAGUCUAAGAAUCACACAACCCACAACCAGUCUCGUAAAGCCCACAGGAAUGGCAUCAAGAAGCCCAGAUCUGAGCGUUAUGAGUCUCUGAAGGGGGUGGACCCUAAGUUCCUGAAGAACAUGCGCUUUGCUAAGAAGCACAACAAGAAGGGCAUGAAGGCGGCACAGAAGGCAGUGCAAGCGAAAUAGUCAUCCGGUCCCCUCCAUGUUUUCAAUGUUCCAUAGACUGUGUUUCCACCAUCACAAUAAAGCUAUGCUUUGUUAACACACAAA